AUGACAGAUGAGCCGCUGGACUUGCACGACGGCGCUGAUGUGGACACGCUGCUGUCUGCGGCCACGUUCCGCAUGCGCUGUGCGGGAACAUACAUUCCGCUUCAAGUGAACGAUGUCGGGCAUCCAUGGGAGGACCUGGUGGAGGUGGACGGCGUCAUCUGUCCGCGCCAACAGCACAUCUCCGACACCCACUACCAGCGCUUUGCCAGCACCGUGUCCACACCGGCACUUCGCGCGCGAAAGCCUACCAUCAUCAUCGACAUUGACGAGGAGGUGCGCCGAUUCAACGAGAUGAAGCAGCAGCAGCGGCACCAGCAGCACGGUGACGGCAACAACUGCCACGCCCACCAUGGAGGUUACCACCACGGGCACCAUCACAACCACCACGACCACCACGACCACCACGACCACCACGACCAUCACGACCACCACGACCACCACCACACGGAUGGGGAGGUAUCGAACGGGGACGGUGGUGAGCACGGGCACCGUUCACGCCGCCGCCGCCGCUCCGAGCCGCCAGAUGCAGCCGGAAAACAGCGGGGGACGCUCGGCUCCAUUGGGGAACACACCACCAACGGCACCGCUGUUGUCGCCGCUGGUAGUGGCAACGGCAGCAGCGACGGGCGGGUGACGUGCCAGAGGGCACCGAGCCCAAGGAUGAGCGAAGCAUACAGCUUCAGCGACUAUGAUGACGAAGAGGAGGAGGAUGAGGAUGAGCAGGGGCAAGGCAACACAGCAGCGCAGGCGGUGGAAGAAAAACACGACUGCCUGUGGUGGAUGCCCGCCAACCACCCCAUCUGCACCUUCUUCGAGACGGCGACCAUGGUUGUGAUUGUCGUGUCUGUGGCCAGCUUCUGCCUGGAAACUAUCCCCACAUACCGGCUCGACGAGAACGGGGAGGAGCGUACGGAGGACCACCCGACGUUCUUCGUCAUCGAGUCUGUGUGCAUCGCCUGGUUCACAAUUGAGUACAUCAUGCGGCUGUACGCUGCGGAGAACAGGCUGCGCAGCUGGAUCUGGAAGCCACUCAACCUCAUUGACCUCAUCGCCAUCCUGCCCUACUACAUUGCGCUUGGCAUCGGCAGCUCCGGUGCGUCCAGCCUUGCGGUUGUCCGUAUUCUGCGCCUCUUGCGAGUCACCCGGCUCUUCAAGUUUUCUCGCCACUCGCAGGGCCUUCAGGACAUGAUUUCGUGCAUGGUGCAAACGAAGAAGGAGCUUGUGUUGUUCUUCCUCAUUGUGACCGUUGGCAUGAUUCUCUUUGGUUCCGCCGUGUUCUAUUGCGAGAAGGACGUGGCUGACUCUGGAUUCAUCAGCAUCCCAGCUGGGUUCUGGUGGGCGAUUGUGACGAUGACGACUGUUGGUUAUGGCGACAUUUCGCCCGUCACGAUCCAGGGUCAGAUCGUUGGUGCCAUCGCAGCGACGCUCGGUGUUGUCCUCGUCGCCAUCCCGGCUGGCAUCUUCAUCUCAGAGUUUAUGCGGCUGCACCAGGAGCGGCAGCUUGUUGAGAAGAAGCGGAUUGGGCCGCACAAGGCGAUGGCAGACCUGCAGCACCACGUCGAACAGCUGUACGAAAAGCUUGAGGAGUACAACCUCGCCCGCGACGCACACGAACGGCGGGCGCGGGAGAAGCUGCUGGCGAUGGACAGGCUGAUCCGGCAGCACGCGCCCGAGGAGCACUGGCCGCGGCGGCGGCGGCGGCGGACGGGGUCGAAGCGACACAAGCUGCCGUCGCCAACGGCGGACCUCAUCGCACGCAGCACCAUGGUGCCAUGA